ACAGACCAUUAGACAGCCUGCGAGAUAGGCUCCAUCACGUUUAGUUUCAUCCAGUCGCCCUUUCUUUUGAUACCAAUGGAUGUCCGACGCUUCUAAACAAGCUGGCCACCACGGAAUAUCGAGGCGGGGCAGUGCCAACGCAGAUAGAUAGGCACUGUAGAACAGUACUCAAGUACGAGUGCUUCUAACGUUAUUGGCUCUUUGCUGGAAAUCCCAUAUAUGCAUGAAAUGCCCACCAAGAUGGAUCAAGCAUCAACAAGUAGCAUCCAACAAGCUAUCUGGGAAGGACGACUUCCCUUGGAAAUUGUCCUCGCUCCUUCGGAAAGCCGAGUGUAUGAUAAGACAGAUCCAUAUUUGAUCUCCUAUCACCGCAUAUCAUAUCUCCCCUCGCUACUACCGCGACUGCACGCCUUCUUCUCAUCCUCACUGAUCGACCCCUCGUCGCAGCCGCACGAGGGAUGGUUUUCGUUCGAAAACGUGCCUCUGAAAUGGCACUAUCCCGUCGGUCUCCUGUACGACCUGUACGCCGGGGCCGAGCCGGCCUCCAAGGGAGGUGGUGGUCUCGAUGAAUCCGACGCCCAAGCAACCCUCCCGUGGCGGCUAACCGUCCAUUUUUGCGACUGGCCGCAUGAGGAUCUCGUCCAGCUAGACGCCGCGGGGAUGGUCAUGAACGACGCCUUUAUCAAUAGCGUCAAAGAGGCGGAUUUCCUCCGUAACGGCACCGCAAAGGGGAUCAUGAGUCUUUCCAAGGAAGAUUCGUCAGGAUUAUGGGAGGCUGUUUCAGUGGAUCUACCCUCCUUCCGACGAAUCUCAAACAUCCUCCUCCCACCCACAAACCAACCGUUCCGCAACGUCCCCAUCCGCAUCUUCCUCCCCUUACCACCAGACACAGGCGCCCCCUCGUUGAAAGUCUUCCAAUCGCCCUUGUCGCCCUCCAUCGCCGUCUCAAACAUGACAGCCAGCCAUCUCGGCCUCAGCCUCACCCUCUCCAUGGCCCGUCACAAUAGCAAUAACAGCCCCUCCACCCAGUCGCAGACGGUAGGCACCGCCUUGCACGCCUUGCUCCCCAAUCUCUUCCCGAGUCGUCGCACCCCAGUCCUCGCCAACCCGGUCCUUCACGGGGCUGUCCUGCCCAUGUCCGCGCCGGUCGAGGAGGUCGUCCGGUGCUCUGCGUAUGGAGACGGGUGGGCAUAUAUUGUUGUCCGCAUGGUGGGGUAGUACUACUUCUGUUCACUGUCUAGCCUAGUAUCUACAAAUUCAAAUCAUUAAGCUUACUACA